AUGGAUCGUCAACCAACAGCCAUAUCAACUGCAACCCACACUUCUCCCCCAUCCGAAGCUCCAACUUCCCCAUCCGCUCAAGCUGGUGCCGACCGUUGCAUGCGCCACACAAAUAGCUGGACACCUUCAUUUCAGCGUCGACAGAGCUGGAGCCCUGAGGAACGAAAGCAUGAGAUGCACAUGGACAAGAUUGGCCAGGUCAAUACGGGGCCUGGAUUCACAGAGCGUGACGGUGCGUAA